UUAUCUUCUAAAAUAUCUCCACAGCUUGUUGAACUAUAAAAAGAAAUUGGUAAUAUCAAAUGUAAAAACAUAAGGAGCUGAAUAGACGAGAUAAAACAAGAUGAAUUAAUUUUAAUAAUUUCAAGAAAUGACGGUAUAAUUAAUUUUAACUUAAAUGUCACUAAACAAUUGUGAUUUUUUGAAACUUCAAGCGGCGGAAUUUUGAAUAUAAUUUAACACGGUAUACUUAAGCGUGUGGUGAAAGGGAAAAAGUUUCGAUAUCGAUGUAGAUAAUAAUAGCAAAUAAUUUGUUACACCACUGUUUCAGGAUGUUUCCUCGACUAUACAGCACAUGUGCAGAACGUUUAGCUAUAGUACACUGGUCUCCGUGACGCCAUUGGAGUGCCAAGGUCAAACAUAACCCGCAAAUAUGAUUCCCCAUCCUUUAAUUUUUUUUUAGAAUUUUUAUUUUUUUUAAAUAUAUUUCGGCGAUUGUUUUUUCAUCGAAUAUCCAUUUCAGGAAAAUUGAACGUGCAAGCGAAUUGGCCGAUUGCGAAUAAAACGUUUACUGCGUGCCGUAAAUUUCCUCGAAAUGUACGGUGCUCCUCAAAUAUUGAUGUUCAGAUCAACUAGCCAGAAAGCGAAAGGGUGCCGGAAUCGAAGGGGUGCCGAACGCCUCCGAACGGCCACGAGAGUAUCCGAAGCUGAGCCGAACGUUGGAAACUGAACGGCGACGACAUCAUGUCUGCGGGGUUCGACCUCCGCGAAGCUAUGAUCGAUACUCGAACUACGUUAUUAUUAAUUAACCAUUGUUAAUCAAUUACUCCCAUCCUUCGUAAACAGUGCCCACUCCGCGGUGAUGUGACGGAACCGAUAAAACCGAAUUAGAAAAAAAAGAACAGUGUGAGUGAUCGGUGCACGCGAGCCCGCAUCCCGAGGAACGUGAAAAAUCCUUGCGUCGGUACAGGAAGGCAUGUGUACACUCGGGUGCAACGUAGGCUUCCUUUGGAUGAGAACACAUAUCAUUCCCGGUGCAGUUCGUAGUCGCGUUCUCUGGCUUGGUCAGUUUACAUCCGCACGGAUUUUACCCUCCUCCUUCCUGCGCCGUGUACGCAACGUCUCCGUCCCCGUUCGUCCGGCAGUCGAGCACAGCGGGCGGAAAAUAUGCUCGGUAUAGAAGCGGUAGCGGCAUCGUUGUCGUGGUUGGUACUGGUGCUCGCGUCGGUGCUGCUGGUGGUGCUGGUGCUGGUGCUGAGGAUGGUGUAGCGCGGUGCUGCCUCGACAGCGUUCAGUGCGGACGGUGGCUUUAGACUCGAAGCUGCGGAAGAAGGGCCGUGAGCUCGGCCGUGUUCCGAUGGCCUGAUAUACAACACGGGACGCGUAUAUGAAGCUACACUGCCCUGACUCGUUGAUGUCGGUCCAAGAUCGAGGUGACGUGAUUCUGUGCUUUCGCGAUUCGCUCGGCGGAGGAUGUGACCCGUGAUGCUACCAGGUGGGCGUGCGGGGGUGACUGGAGUGAUGGGAUGGGGCCAGAGCCCCAUGGAGUUCGGGUAGACCCGUCUCCGGCCCAACUCCCCAGCCCCCUCCGCCAUCAAUAUCGUCACAGCUCCUGCCAGCGUCGCAGAGGGCCGCCUCGAUCGCGAUGGAGGCUUCUAACAAUCAACAACAGAAGGAGAAGGAGCCACGCGUUCAUAGGCCUUGCGCCUUCGACAAGAUGGAGGGGCUGGUGCGGGAGAUGCAAGACCCUGAGAACGGGGUACCCGUGCGCAGCCAAAAACAAUUUCUCACCUCGAUCCCCUCAGCUUUCAUGGGUGAGUGCCAUCGGUACCUGCGUUGUGGAGUAAGCGUAAGCGGCCAUCACGGCCAGGGCACUACAGUAGGCUGCCUGCGUGUUGCAGGUUACGACCUCAUCGAGUGGCUGAUGGAGCGGCUUUCCAUCGAGGAAUCAGUAGAGGCGGUCCAUAUUGCCAACCAACUCUGCCAGUAUGGCUACUUCUUCCCGGUGAAUGACUCCAAGACACUCACCGUAAAGGAUGAUAGUUCUCUAUAUAGAUUUCAGACACCAUGUUAUUGGCCAUGGCAGCAUAGAACCCCUGAUAACGUGGAGUACGCUAUUUAUCUGGCUAAAAGAAGUCUAAGAAACAAGCAACGCCAUGCUCUUGAGGAUUAUGAGAUUGAAGCUUUGAACAGCCUACGUAGGAAUUUGCAGAACAAGUGGGACAUCAUUCAACUUCAGGCUGAGGAACAGGUACGUCUAUCAAAGGAGCGGAAGAAAGGCGACAAAAUAGUGAGUGAUUCCCAGGAACGAGCGUUUUGGAGAGUUUAUAGGCCACCACCCGGUUGUCUUAGUAGCCUUGAAAUAGCACCUGUACCUACUCGUUUUCGUCCUGGACUUUCGCGUCCUCCGUCACGUAAACGCACCUUAACCGAUCUGCAACGUGAGGUGGCCCUGUUAAAGAAUAGCUUAACUCGCACGAGAAUAAAGGUAUCAGCUGCGAUCGAAAACUUGAAGUCAUACUUUGAAACAUACGUGGAGUACGAUGCGAUGUUUGUACCGCCUCAACCUUCUAAUCCAUGGAUCACCGACGAUCAAACAUUUUGGCAAUUAAACAGUCCCCUGGUGGAAGUUCCUACGGAAAAAAGGGUAAAACGUUGGGCGCUGUCAAUGGAAGAAUUAAUGUCUGAUCCUACGGGUUUGCAAGAAUUUACGAAUUAUUUAAGAAAAGAAUACAGUCACGAAAAUAUACGAUUUUGGUUGGCUGUUAAAGAUUUAAGGCACAGCUUUCAAGCACAAAUACCUGACAAAGUCAACGAAAUCUUCAGAGAAUUCCUGGCACCUGGAGCCCCUUGCGAGAUCAACAUAGACGGGAAAACAAUGGAAAAAGUUCAUCAAGAAAUGAAAAAUCCAAAUCGAUUCACAUUCGAUUCUGCCGCUGAACACGUGUAUACGUUACUUCUCAAAAAGGAUUGUUAUCCUAGAUUUAUUCGCUCUGAUCAGUAUCGAAAUCUCUUAGCUGCCGGUGUGCAACCAUUACAAAAAAAGAGAUUCUUCGGCUUCGGCGGACAAGCCAAAAAGAAACUGUCUUCAACUUCAGCCCCACCAACCAGCACCUUGCAACAACACACUAUAAGCAGUGGAAGCGGUGGUAAACGCAGAGGAAGCGAUCGAAGCCUCUCAGGAUCUGCUCACGAGUUAGCAGUUUGCGGUGUUCGUGAGACAACUUCAACUACAACCAGAGUGCCGCAUUCCCACAGUCAGUCGAACCUUGCUGAUAUUCCAUACAGGGAUGCUGGCACGUCGGAAGCGAUGGCUCGCCCUAUGGACGACGUUUGCCCGUGGGACGCGGCGCCGGGCCCCAGUAUAGAGCACACCAUGGAUUCCACGGGACACCAGCACUCGAUAUUAUCUGGAAUAACGUCGCCGGUUGAAAGCCAGCACGAAGAGGGUAGAAGUAACUUGACCGGGCAAUCACAGUCUAUCGAAUUUGCACGCCCGUCCCGGAAAAACUCGACGCAAUUGGAUUCCUGUAGUUCCUCGUCUGACGUCAGUCUGGCGGUGGCGGAAGUCACUGAACAUAUUCGAAAAUCUUGUAGUCUGCAGCACAGUGCUAGCACAGCUGGCACAACAUCAACUGAACGAUACGGCGCUGGAUGCGGCAUGACAACACGAAAUUAUUCUAUCGGAUCCACCAGCGCGAGAGUGAAGCUGGCAGAGAUCGGUAGACCAUCCGCUUCGUUUUGCAAUUAUCCGUCGCCGCAACACUCGUUCGAGUAUUCCCACGUGGUCGUCGAACGAUCGGACGCACCCAUGAGAAGCAUGAGCGAGAUGCAUGAAACUCAUCCAGUCAGGUCAAAGGUCCCGUCGUUUGAAAAGGAACCUACGAGCAAAUUGACCAAGGCCCCUUUGAUAAGCAUCAGCGCGAUCGUGGGCGAUUUAGCGAGCGAUAGCCCAACGAUGGAGCAAGAAGAGAAUGAAGGGGACGAUUGCGUAGAAAUGAAGGAAGAGGACAAAGAAGCUGCGAGAAAACGAGAAUCGGAAGCUGAGAAGAUCGAUACAGUAAUUCCUGAAGAAGAAAGCCCCGCGGUUUCGAGCCAGGUGGAUACGGAGGUCAAGGAAUUGCUGGAAGAGGCACAAGUUGUUCCUGUCUGGGAACCGGACGCCCAACAGGACGACCAAGUUGCACCCAUUACUGAAACAGUACCUCAGCAAAAGCGUGACAAUAACGUUAACGAAGUGUGCCCGUGGGAAGACGAGGAAAACUGUAGAGUGGAUGCACCUUACGUGAAAACCUAUGCGACUUUAGGUUACUUAUAACUUGGCAUCGGUACUAAACUUACAUUUUACGCUUAAGCAUUCACAAUUCAAUUUCUAUUUUAAUUCACUUUACUUGUAAGUCCGAGUGCCCGAAUUAUGAAGGAUACCUUUUGAUUGAUUGUCAUUCUUUUUUUCAUUUCUUAAGAAUGAAUAAGUAAAUUGCUUAUUAGCAAUAUUUAAAGAAAUAAUUAAAUUUAUCUAUGAAUGAAAUCAAUAAAUGAACAUCAUAAGUAUUUAUAAAUGAUAACUCAAUGCAUUUAAACUAAUAUUCAUGUGAAACAAAAUUCUCGCCACUUUUAUUCGUUUAGCAUCGUUAGGAGUUCCAUUUCAUUUUCUUCUAGACUCAUCUAAACUUCGACAUACCAUUUAAGGUAUACAUUAAGUAAUUCUAUACAAAGUAAUUUAACUAAAAAUGAAAUAAAUUAUAUGGGUCUAUAUUUCUCUAUUCAGUCAAAAGAUGUAAUCGAUAUUACCUGUAACAUGCACUUUGGGAAACAAGAUUUGUUUUUACAAAGAGAAAUAAAGUAUUAAAUGCAAAGAUGUGCUCUGAGGGUGCCAGUCAACAGUGAGCCCAUUGACCGCUCCCACUGAUUACAGAUUUCUUUAAUACUUCUUCAAAAAAAAAAAUAUAAAUCUUUACUUUUAGCAUUACAAAAAUUCUCUAGUAUUAACAGGAAAUUUUUUUUUUUUAAUUAGAAUUACGUCCCAAUAGUGCAUCGUUUGAAUGUUAAACGAUACGUUAAAAUGUAAACGAAGUUUAGAAUGCAGCUUGUCAUAAGAUCACAUUGGUGUCGUGAUACUUAAUUGUCGUUCGAUCUAAGUGUUAGUUAGUUUAUUCGAUACAUAAUAAGUGUCUAACAAUAAGUAUUUAACGUUAGCUGGC